CCCCCUCAUUCCUUUCCGUUUCGUCUUUCCCUCUCGGAAUCGGUUUGAUCUUGUUGACGGCGGUCCCUUCAUUCAGUUCUGUUUCGUCGAGACAGGGUUCAUUCGGCCAAGAUCUCCACCACGUUCAUGCUUCAAGGCCCCAACACUCAAGGUAGCACCUCACGCAGCGCUGGUCUUUAUAAACCCAGGGAUCCGUUGAUACGCUCACCACCUGAUGGCAAGUAACGCCUCUCGACCGCAAGUAAAUAGAGGCUAUAGUGCCCCUCUCCUGUCCAGAGCACCCUCUAGCCCACAAUCACCAGCAAGCUCUGACGCAUCAUAUUUCUCACCUCACGCACCAUCCACCGCCGCAUCAUCCCAAUCGCCCUCAGCGACUGCUUCACCCCAUAUACCCAGUCCUACCCCUUAUCCAAUCAUAACGGCCACCGUGACUUCCCGAAACCCCAGCGGCGCUACGACGACGACGAGUUCCAGUUCGGUGACGACACCUGAACAGGAAGCGCUUAGGCAAUUUGCCAUGCACAUUCCUAAUCCCCCGACACUUUCCCUUGCAGCUACAACAUCGCGACAUCGCAACUCAGGCCCUCAGGUGCAACCAGUCUCCUACCACAGCUCGAGGCCCUCUACAUCCACUCCGGGUUAUGAGGACCUGCCGUCCCCCAUGGACCGCAGUCGGAGGAUGCCGCCAUCAUCAAAUUCACCGCAGAUGCAGAUAACAUCGACGGUGUACAACUAUACCCUCUCGGUACAGCUCCCAGCAGCGAUUCAACCCGAGAUGGUGACUGUGUGUGCGAACAAGGGGGAUAAACUCAAGGUCGUGGCGGAUGUCUGGCAUUUGGAGAACGAGAGUCACUACGAAUGGCAGAUAACAUUCCCGCCACACGAUAUCGACAUGGGCGCUGUCCAUGCCCGUUUUGACGAUUCGAGAAACCUAACAAUUGAUGUUCGCCGCAUUCCCCGGCUGUACCGGUGA